UCCAUUAGUCUUUCUUUGCUUUCUUUGUUACUGGUCAUCUUUCUUGAUCACCUUAUUUAAAAAAUGUCUCCCGCUUCCAUAAUCGAGCCUGCGACGGACUUGCAGAAGAGAGCAUAUGUUACGUUCUUGGCCGGAAACGGUGAUUAUGUGAAAGGUGUGGUGGGUUUAGCCAAGGGUUUAAGAAAAGUGAAAUCUGUAUACCCUCUUGUGGUGGCGACUUUGCCUGAUGUGCCCGAGGAGCACCGCGAGAUUCUAGAAUCUCAGGGCUGUAUCGUCCGUGAGAUUGAGCCCGUGUAUCCACCAGAGAACCAGACUCAGUUUUCCAUGGCUUAUUAUGUGAUUAACUACUCAAAACUUCGUAUUUGGGAGUUCGUGGACUAUGGGAAGAUGAUAUACUUGGAUGGUGAUAUUCAAGUCUUUGACAAUAUUGAUCAUCUUUUUGAGAAGCCACCUGGAUAUUUUUAUGCUGUGAUGGACUGUUUUUGUGAGAAGACAUGGAGUAGCACCCCUCAGUAUCAGAUUAAAUACUGCCAGCAAUGCCCUGAAAAAGUUCAGUGGCCUUUGGAGAUGGGCUCACCCCCUCCUCUAUACUUUAAUGCUGGCAUGUUUCUCUAUGAACCUAAGCUCGAGACUUACUUUGAUCUCUUGGAGACCCUCAAAGCCACCACCCCUACCUCAUUUGCUGAGCAGGAUUUUCUGAACAUGUUCUUCAGGGAUGUAUACCAGCCUAUCCCUCCUGUCUACAACCUUGUUUCGGCUAUGCUGUGGCGCCAUCCUGAUAAAUUCGACCUUGACAAAGUGAAGGUUGUCCACUACUGUGCUGCGGGUGCAAAGCCAUGGAGGUAUACUGGAAAAGAAGAAAACAUGGAUAGAGAGGACAUCAAGGUUUUGGUGAAAAAAUGGUGGGAAAUAUAUGAGGAUGAGUCCCUGGAUUUCAAGAAUGCCACUGUGCCUGUUGCUCAAGAAAAACUUGGACCCCUAAUAGAGGCAUUGACUGAGGAUGGGGUGGUUAACCACAUGAAUAUACCUUCUGCAGCUUAAUCUUAAUUUCUAGCGUGUUUGGAGCAUAGUUUUUAGCCAAUAUAUAAAUAGCAUAAAUUAUAUAGUACAGGGAUUAGGGCAUUUGUUUACUAGCCCUAUGUGCUUUUUUAGUUUGAUUGUGAUCACUGAUGAAAGUGGAAUAUAUAUAUGAAACCUUUGACAUCUAUAAAGUCGGAAAACUAAGAAUAAAGAGAAUAUUAUGAUAAAU